CACAAUUACCUGUUUUAUCGACUGUUUUGCAUUUAUUAUGUGAAAAUGUCAAUAAUUUUAUAAGUAUUUUCGAGGUCUUACAAAUUUAAUAACACUACACCAACACGCUACCGAUAAGAUGUCGCUCGAGCAAACUGCAUGUGAAGAUAUCAUUGCAGAUUUAAAAGCUUUUGAGAGGCGUCUUACCGAAGUUAUAGCUUGUUUACAUCCCUCAACGACCCGCUGGAGAAUUGUUUUAGUGACUGUUUCUAUAUGUGUUGCAACUGGUGCUAGUCAAUGGAUUUUGGAUCCCGAAACAAGAAUAGUUUCGCUAUCACAGUCAUUAAUUAAUCAUCCAUUUUUUAUUCUCUCUACAUUAAUAUUAAUAUUAAUUUUAUUUCUUGGUGUUCAUAAACGAGUUAUAGCAGCUUCAAUAAUAACAUCUCGAACUAGAGAAGUGUUAAGUGACUUUAACAUGUCUUGUGAUGAUACAGGAAAAUUAAUCUUGAAACCAAGACCUUCAAAUAUAACUUGACUGACAAACUUUUUGAAUAAACACAAUUUGUUACCAUAAAUACUUUCUUAAUAAAU